AAAAAGAAUAAAAAAAAAACGAAAAAAAAAAACGAAUAGAAGUAGGAGUUAAAAGAAAAAGGUUUGUUGAUGGAAAAGUAGGCAAACUGGACACUGAUAAAAUAAAAUAAAAUAAAAUAAAAGAGUAGGUCAGAGUAUUGUAGGAUAGAAAAGGAGAAUAGAAAGGAUGAUAAAGGUGUGUGUGUGUGUGUUGUAGGUGGUGCGCGCAUUUCGCGCAUUUCGCGCAUGCCACUACGAGAAGAGAAAGAUAGAUAGGAUUUUAUCCAUGUGAGUGAGUGAGUGGGUGGUUGGACACGGUCAGACAAGGGAACAAAUAUUCGUAGCAAAAUAGUGUGAUAUCCAUCUUACGAAUAAUUUUCAAUAAUUUCCAAUAAUUUCCUCUUACACGAGGUCCAAUACUAAAUCUUCAAAUCGAAUCUAUCUACGUUGAGAAGGAGAAGAAAACAGGGAGGUGCAGGAGAGGGAGGGAAAAAGAGGGAGGGAAGGAUAGAAAGGGAUAGGGAAUAAUUCAGUGACUUAGGUCAACGGGUCACUGGGUACGUCGCUAGUUACAUUUUCGUUAUGACGGACGCGGAAGAUUCAACACAAUCCGAUUCGACAACCUGUGGUAAUAUCCUGGUGAUAUUGUCAUGGAUUUUGGUCAUUUUGACAAUGCCAUUUUCGCUCUUCGUUUGCUUCAAGGUUGUACAGGAAUACGAAAGAGCUGUUAUAUUCCGAUUAGGUCGUCUUCUAUCUGGUGGUGCUAAAGGUCCUGGAAUUUUCUUUAUUUUACCCUGCGUAGACAAUUACGCACGAGUUGAUUUGCGUACGAGAACUUAUGAUGUUCCACCCCAAGAGGUAUUAACAAAGGACAGCGUUACAGUAUCCGUCGAUGCAGUAGUUUAUUAUCGUGUUAAUAAUGCUACUAUAUCUAUAGCAAAUGUGGAAAAUGCACAUCAUAGUACAAGACUUCUUGCACAAACGACACUUCGAAAUACCAUGGGUACAAGACCGUUACAUGAAAUACUUAGCGAACGUGAAACUAUUUCUGGUAACAUGCAGAUUUCCUUGGAUGAAGCUACCGAUACCUGGGGUAUAAAGGUCGAACGAGUUGAAAUCAAAGACGUUAGGCUUCCUGUUCAAUUGCAACGAGCAAUGGCUGCAGAAGCAGAAGCUGCACGAGAAGCACGUGCUAAGGUCAUCGCUGCUGAAGGUGAACAAAAGGCAAGUAGAGCAUUAAGAGAAGCAUCUGAAGUAAUUGGAGAUUCACCUGCUGCAUUGCAAUUACGUUAUCUACAGACACUUAAUACAAUUUCGGCUGAAAAGAAUUCAACGAUCGUAUUUCCAUUACCGAUUGACAUGCUCACAUAUUUUAUGAAAGCUAAAGAAAUGUCAUAAUUCAAUGUAUUAUUAUUCCAAUGACGUAUAGUCGAUAUGUUUGGUUCCACCAAAGAGUAAAAAAGAAAUGAAAAAAAAGAAAAGAAAAAAGGAGGUGGUUAAAAUGGAAAACUUUGAGAUGAUCGAUCUAAUAUUUGAUGAUCGUAUCGCACACUUAUACACACACACACAUACACAUAUACGUAUUUGUUACGUUUAAAUAAGACUCGAAUCAGAUGAAAAAGGGCAGAGUUGCCAAUAUUAGACCAAAUUUCAACCCUUUACUAUUAUUAGAUUACGUACAGAGGCCAUAAGUUGAAAUAUUUGUGUUAAAAAAGAAACAAGAAAAAAGGAGUAGUUAACAAACGACAGUUUGCGACACAGUUUAUUACAAUUUUUGAUAGCAAAUAAUUUAAAAAAAAAACAAAAAAAAAUAAUAAUAAUAAUAAAAGUAUUUAAUGAUAUUUUUGGAUAACCUUAUAAUAAGAUCGCAUUGAUCUAUUUGUGAAUGAAUUAAAACAAGAUGAUGAAUGAAAUAAGUAUCGAUUUCAAAGAAACGCAAAAACCUGACAUUAAUUUCAAUCAAAAAUUGUAUUCAUAAUGAAAAAAAAAAAAAGAAAAAAAAACGAGUAAUAACAUCGAAAAAAAAAACAAAUCUGCGAUGAUUUAAACGCAAGUACACAAAUAUUAGAUACGAGUACCGUUUGAUGUAAAAUUAAAAAAAAAAAAAAAUCAAAUCAUUUUCAUGUUCUCGCGUGAAAAUUGUGUAGCUCGUAUUAAAAAAAUUCAAAAUACAAAUAAUUCAAUCAUAAUUUUUAAACACUGCCAAUCGAAGCACGAUAAACGGUUUCAUCAUUAUUUCCAAUAAGAACAAAAAUUU